AUGGCCGAAAAAAGCGAUGGUCACGAUACGUCGGAACUGGCUCGAAGAUCGACCUCACCCGAGGAUCCUGACGGCCAACACGAUCCUCCUGUCAGAAAAGAGGCAGACCACACAGAUGUCAGAGCAAUCUUCCGGCAGUGGGAUCCCACCGGACGGGGAAUGAUCCGGAAGGACGAGCUGCUGUCAACCUUCUCUGGCCUUGGCCUGCACAUGGGCGAGCGAGAGCUUUCAUUGAUGCUCGAAGCAGCAGACAUGUCUGGAGAUGAAAGCAUUCACUACGGGAAGUUCCUCCGGUGGCUUUUCGCACCGGCAUCGAGCUCUGAGAGUGGUCAUCAAGCCAAUGUCUCAUCGCAAGAUGUUCAGACGGAACUCAACAUCUCAGUGCCCGGCCUUGGUUCCAAGUCGGAAGCGGAGGCAGAUGAAACUGAAAUCGAAAAUUGCGGAGACAUCCUGCAGGCUGCGAAAGAAGGCAACGUCGGAGCUGUCCGACGCUUGCUGCAGGUGGACCCCCAGAGCCUGGAGCAAGUCGACGAAGAUGGCGACGGGCCCCUGGCGAAUGCGGCUUGGGAAGGCCACCUGGAGGUGGUCCAGGUGCUGCUCGCCGCGGGCGCUUCCGUCGAGGCGAAGGAUAGCAACGGCACCAGGCCGCUGUUGAUUGCGGCUCAGGAAGGCCACCUGGAGGUGGUCGAGGCACUGCUGGCCGCGGGCGCCUCCGUCAAGGCGAAGGAUUACAACGGCACCGGGCCGCUGUUGAUUGCGGCUCAGGAAGGCCACCUGGAGGUGGUCGAGGCACUGCUGGCCGCGGGCGCCUCCGUCGAGGCGAAGGAUUACAACGGUCGGACACCGCUGCUCCGCGCGGCGGGCAACGGCCACACCGCCGCAGUGGAGCGGCUCCUCGCCGCAGGCGCCGCUGUGGAUGCUGUGGACAGCAAUGGUCACACACCGCUGCACCACGCGGCUAUAUAUACCACCGGCGAAACUGCCAUCGUCGUGGAGCGAAUCGUG